AAAAGUGAAAGGCAAACAGAAAAGAUCCAAAAAGAGCUACUAAUAUUUUCAUGCAGUACAGAUACAAUAAUCUGGCACAUUUGUAUAACAUGCCAUGUGCCUUCAAGCAAUCUUACAGGCUCAGUGCUGACUUACCGUUAUACCAAUUUGAAAACGAGGACGCUGAUUUAUGAGAAAGAAACGCGAAGAAGGUUGAUGCAGAAAGCGGAACAAGAAUAAAAAUAAGAAGACCAAGAUUUUCGAUCCUUUUGUCUGUAGAAAUCAUAAUUAAUGUAGCUGCAUAAAAUAAUAUAACGGAGUGGAGGCCAGUGCCUGUGAGAUAGCUACUCAGUCAGGUGAGGGUGGUGUCCUCCAAUUCGACAAAAAAGAAAUUUGACCAUCUGCUUGAAUUUGCUAAAAGUUUCGGAUCAGGAAUUAAGUGGUAUGGUGGAAUUCUUGAAUCUAAAAAAGAAAGUGUGAUCUUUCAGCGACGCAUGACGUGGAUUUCUUUCAUCUGUUUAUAUAUGAUGUAGAUUUUCCCACGAUUUUCCACUCGAUUUUAUGUGGUUUUCUGAUCCCCAUACGUACAUGGCUAACCAACUAAGUAGCUUUGUUUUUAUCGAUGUUACGUUAAGAAGACUGGUAGUUUGCAUAACGGCUUUUCAAAUUACCUUCGCAUAAACCUACAUAAUUUUUCUUCUCGAUUGUGUUGCCUUGGAACACUGCUGUAACUUAGGCUUCUCAAACUGCCUUUAUCAAGCGGUAUGAUAUCAAUGUCUACCAGAGAAUCAACCAGUACUCGAUCAAUUAUCAGCCCUUAAAUUCCUGUUUGAUUGCUGAUGCUGAGUUUAGAAUGAUGCUGGUAAUAAUUAGAACGAAUAUCAGUAAUGCAGAUCGUAAAAGCAGCUUGCAUUUUCGAUUAAAUGGCGAGCUUGAAUUCAAUUUUCAAGGAAUAACACCCGGCAGGACUCAAAUAUUCUUGGUCCCUGCAGCACAGUAUAACAAUAUAAAUUCACUGGAAGUCUCAGCACCACGGCAUAGCAAUUUGAUUUUAAAUGAGAUCAUCCUCUUUAAGGAGUUUUUGUUUGAGAAACGAUUCGUGCAUUUUGAAUUACUCACAAGACAAAUAUAUUAUGUUAAUGAACAGAAAGGCACUGAAACUAGUAACAUUACGAUAGCCACCGGUCAAGGUGGUACUGACGAUGGUGUAGUGUUGAGAUUGUAUUUCACUCAAUGUGAGACAAACGUUACGCUGGACACACCUGCUAAUGACUUUCAGCCGUACUCUAUAGAUGUCUUUAAUGUAUCUCUUCCUUCGUGUGGUACAUUGCAUUGCAUAAGAUUGUAUCAGCUUAUGUCGACUUCGGUCUGGGACGUGCGGAAUAUUACAAUUUUAUAUAGAAAAUCAUCUCGUUUUUUCAUGAAUGGAGACCCUAACAUGCAUGUGAAGAAAUUAUACUGCAAAAAUAACGUGAACAAAGAUGUGAAGAAAUGGACAGUGACUGUCUACAACAGUGCCGACAUCACAAACAAGCUGACUUUUAAAUUAGUCGGAGUUACUGGUGCUUCACAGACACAUUUUUUAAGUGAAAACGACAAAGAUAGCACAUAUGAAAACAGAUAUAAUUUUAUCAGUUCUGAUAUUGGAGAAUGGGAUACUUUAUGGAUCGUCGUAUACGAAAAUAUAACGAUUAGAAACGGAUUUCAAUUAAUGUUCAAUGAAAGCAGACGUCAGCAUAUGAAUUUCACCGCACUUGGUGAGAGCAGCACACGGAAUAAACAUUUUACAGUUCCUUGUACAAGUUAUCUAAUAGCUGCUGAUGCCGGAAAUUAUUUUUUAACAACCUGCUUUGAAAAUAACCUUUGUUUGUAUGAACCGGAUUUGAUAGAUAACUCUGUAGCAGGUCUUUUUCCAAACGUAACCUCAGACUGGUUUCUACGAAUAACAAAUAUCAGCCACGAUAAUAUAAUUCUGAAUAUUAUUGUAAACAAUAUCAUAACUUCAUAUGGCCCAUCCAAUUUAAACAGACGAAUACUAGAAAUACGUUGUAAAAUAUACAGGAACAAUUUUGACGACAGAAUAUAUAUUCGACUCUUUCCAGGAGGAAAAUGUGACACAGUCAGAAUUGCUAUUUGGUGGGGAGAGGAUUAUAGAUUGAUCCCCUACAACACUCAGUUAUUACAAACCACUAGUUACUGUGAAUGGCUUAUAAGAAAAUUCCCAAUUACAACAUCUGAAACAACAACAAACGAAAUAACAACAGAACAAGAUACACAACCGCAAUGGACGAAGAAAACAACUUCUAUCACAGCGAAACCAGAAUAUACCAAAGACGCGGUGAUAACUAGUAAGGAUGAAAAUGAAAUAACUGACGUGGGGAAAGUCACCAAGUCAGAUGUCCACAUAAAAACAGAUGCCUACUAUAGAACAGAAGAUGAGCAAAAUAAUAGAGAAGAUCGCACUAAACCAGUAGUUACGGAGUCUUCGAUUGUUUUCACUAGUGACAGCGUUAAGUACACCAGUACUCAGAAAGCUACUCAAAAAAUAAUAACUCCUGAGUAUGACAGUACUAGCUACAAGAGAAGUAGGGCCGAUAAUACUGUGGCCAUUGGAACAAUCAGCCUGAAUCCUCUCAUUACGACCAAUACCACUGAAAUCACAAUAACGAGCAACACCAGACCUGUGGAGAAUGCAUCAGUUGAAACAGUUUGUUCAUGUCCUUGCAAUAAACAACCGAUGAAGAAUUUGACAAGCGAAGAAAUUGUUGAAAAACUGAAUCAACUUGCGACUGAGUUAACUAUUCCACGCAACACGACAUCAAAGUACAAACGGUCCAAAAUCAGUGCGCCGGAUGAGAGAGAAUCUUCAUUAUAUAUUAGUACUUUUAUUGUAAUGAUCGUCACAAUACCGUUUGCCCUCAUAAUCUUCCUUGAUUUAAUUCCACUUAUAAAGUGGGUCUUUAUAAAGUGUAUGUAAAAAUAUUUGUUCGCAUAAAAUAUAACUUGUACCAUUUCAUAAAUAUAUCACCCCUAU